AUGCCGGAGAUCAAAGUCGUUCCUUUGGGAGCUGGUCAAGAAGUUGGGCGCAGUUGCAUCCUGGUAACCAUCGGUGGUUAUAAUGUCAUGCUUGACUGCGGUAUGCACAUGGGAUACAGUGACGAGCGUCGUUUCCCAGAUUUUUCCUACAUAACCAAACAAGCUAAACUUGAAGAAUUUCUUGACUGCGUUAUAAUAAGCCAUUUCCAUCUGGAUCACUCGGGUGCAUUGCCUCACAUGUCAGAAAUGGUCGGCUACAACGGUCCUAUAUACAUGACCUAUCCAACGAAGGCUAUCGUUCCCGUGCUUCUCGAGGAUUACCGUAAAGUUCAAGUUGACUAUCGCGGUGAUUCCAAUUUUUUUACCAGCCAGAUGAUCAAAGAUUGUAUGAAAAAAGUUAUUCCCGUCAGCUUGAAUGAAGUUGUGAAGGUGAAAAACGAUCUCCAGAUCAAGGCAUAUUACGGUGGGCAUGUUAUCGGUGCGGCGAUUUUUGAAGUUCGCGUCGGAUCUGAGUCCAUCGUUUAUACGGGUGAUUACAAUAUGACGCCGGAUCGUCAUUUGGGCGCCGCCCAGAUCAGUCGUUGUACUCCGGACCUUCUGAUUUCUGAGUCGACAUACGCUACGACGAUUCGCGAGUCGAAACGUGCUCGCGAGCGUGACUUCCUGCGCAAGGUUCAUGAUUGCGUGCGACGCGGUGGCAAAGUACUGAUUCCGGUAUUCGCACUCGGUCGUGCCCAGGAACUGUGCAUCCUGUUGGAGUCUUAUUGGGAACGACUCAACCUGCAGGUACCCGUCUACUUUUCUCCAGGACUGGCCGAAAAGGCUAACGACUACUACAAGCUGUUCAUCACGUGGACCAAUGAGAAGAUCAAAAAGACGUUCGUUCGUAGGAACAUGUUCGAAUUUCGAUGCAUUCAGCCGUUCGACAACACGGCUGCUGAUCAGCCUGGACCGAUGGUGCUGUUCGCUACUCCUGGAAUGCUGCAUUCCGGACAGUCUCUGAAGGUGUUCAAAAAGUGGGCACCAGACGAACGCAACAUGGUCAUAAUGCCAGGCUACUGUGUUCAGGGAACGGUUGGCAGCAAAGUCAUUAGCGGCGCCAAGAAGAUUGAGAUUGAGGGUGGUAAAACGCUGGAAAUUAAACUCGGCGUCCAGUAUAUGUCGUUCAGUGCACAUGCUGAUGCGAAAGGGAUUCUGCAGUUAAUCAAGAACUGCCAACCGAAGCAUGUGAUGUUCGUACACGGAGAAGAGUCUAAAAUGGAGUGCAUCAAGCUGAAAGUGGAAAAAGAGUUUAACAUUCCUGUUUUCAAGCCAGCAAACGGCGAAACCAUUACCGUGUAUACGAAAACCGACCUGUUGGCAGAUGUUUCGAAUGGGUUAUUGUCGUACAGCAAAAGUUUGGACAUGACCCCUUCCAAACGAAUGUGUCCGUUUCGUGGCACGUUUAUAUUCACCGAACGUGAGUCUUCAAUGACGGUAGUUUCGCCAGAGGAAGCGCUGAAGAGGAUCAAUCGGAAGCGACUGAUUUUGUCUUUUACCUGUCAGGUGCCGUUGCCGGAAUCCGUCGAGCCGACGAGCGUCUUGGACAAGGUGGCGCGUAUUGUUACUCAGCGUAGCAGUUCGUUGAGCUACGGAAUUGACCUGGACGACAAUACCAUCAAUUUCAACGACAAGGUGUUUGUUAAAGCUGUUCCCCAAAAAAACAUUUUGGAAGUGAAGUGGCAGUUUGAUGACAACGAGAUUGGAAAUACUAUACUGCACUAUCUUCGCGCUGCUAACUUGGAGGUGUGA